CUUUUAAGGACCUCCUCGUUCUCGAAGCUGCUGCACUCGUCGCUUGGCUCCCCUCCCAGAUCUUACCAACCGGCUGAGUCCCAGUUGAUCUCUACCCCGCAGUGCGCCGCGAAGGGCAACUCCGCCGCCGUUGCCGCCGGAUCGUUCGUUCUUCUGCCUGAUCUUUCAACGAAGGCGCCGAAUCCUCACCGCCAACAAGGGGGCUCGGUUGCAUCAAAGAUGGAAAAAGAUAAAGAAUCUACCAAACUGAAGGAGGAGGAGAAGAAGUCCAAAGAUGAGAUCCAUCUCAAGAUCAAGAGCAAGGACAAGUCAUCCAGAGAUGAGGGCGAGAAGGAGGUCGAGAUAGAGAUCGAAGCCAAGUUUGUGGAGAAGGAAGAGGUCAAUGACUUGGGAGACAGUGCUGGGUAUGCGGGCAAGGGUAAAGAGGUGAAGAAAGACAAAAAGAAGGAGAAAAAGAAAUCAGAGAAACAUGAAGAUGAGCAUAAAGAUGACGAAAAUAGUGAGGUGAAGAAGGAUAAGAAAGAGAAAGAUAAGAAAAAGAAGGAAGAUGAUGAAAAUUCAGGAAAGACAGAGAAAGAUAAGAAGGAUAAGAAGGCUAAAGACAAGGAAAAAGAGAAGGAUGGUUCAGAGUUCAAGGGUUCAAGUGAUGAAAAACAAGAGAAAAUCAAAGAUAAGAAAAAGAAGAAAGAUGAUGAAGAUGCAGGUGAUGAAAAGAAACAUAAGAGCAGAAGCAAAGAUAAGGAUAAAAACACCAAAGACAAGGAUGAAUCGGAGUCUAAGGGUUCAAGCGAUGAAAAACAAGAGAAAGGCAAAGACAAGAAAAAUAAGAACAAGAAGAAUGAGGAGAUGAAACAUAAAGAGAGCCAGCUGGAGAAUAAGAGUGGUGAAGGAGCUGCAUACUCAGCGCCCCGGGAAAUCAAGCUAACAAAUGAUGUACCACGGAAGGAAGACAUUGGCAAUGAAGGUGCAGAAGUUGAGAAGAAAAACAAAGAGAAAAAGGACAAAACUGACAAGAAGGAAGAUGGUAAGAAGAAAGAGAAGGAUGGUGUUGAUGAUGAUGACGGCGAAGGCAAAAAGAAAGAUAAAGAAAAGAAAGAGAAGAAGGACAAGACUGACAAGAAGGAAGAUGGUAAGAUGAAAGAGAAGGAUGGUGGUGAAGAUGAAGAAGGCAAGAAGAAAGACAAGGGCACAAAGAAGAAGAUUACUGAUCCGGCAAAACUGAAGACAAAACUGGAAAAGGUUGACGCCAAGUUGCCAGACCUACAAGCUAAGAGGGAGGACAUCAUGAGGCAGCUGAAAGAGCUGGAAGAGGGCGGCAAGGGAAAGACCAAUGAAGAGAUGCCUGCACUGGUGCAGGAAGAGAAGGGAAAGAACACUGAAGGUGUGACUGCACAUGUAUUGGAACAGGGUGUAGAGAGCAAGGUCAAGGAGGAGAAUCCUGUUGCUUCAGCGUGAUUCUGGAGCUCUUGAGGAUGUUCAUGCAGCAAACUCUGAUCUGGGCAUAUGCACGGGCCUUUCACUGUGUAAAAGGCACAUGCAUACAUGCAUCUUGAGUUGUAAAUGGUAUGCAAUACCUGGGUCUGUGUAAUUUCUCUGUGUAGAAAAGCAUGCUUGAGUGGAGUGCGAGGGUAUAGGAGUGCAGUGCACCCACCUCCAGGGAAAAAAAACACUAAUAUUUUUCUAUGUGAAUAAGACAAACACACGGAUGUUUUUUU